UAGCCUCUCGGAGGCCCCCGGUCCUCGCGGCGGCGGCGGCGCGCGGCGGGGCCGGGCGGAAGAAGUCGAUCCCUAAGUGUUUCCGCUUCCUGUGUCAUUUCGAGGCGCCGCCGCCGCAGCCUCCGGAGUCGAGAUGCCUAAAGGAGGGAGAAAGGGGGGCCACAAAGGCCGGGCGAGGCAGUACACAAGCCCUGAGGAGAUCGACGCGCAGCUCCAGGCUGAGAAGCAGAAGGCCAGGGAAGAAGAGGAGGAAGAAGAAGGUGGGGAUGGGGCUGCAGGAGACCCCAAAAAGGAGAAGAAGUCCCUAGACUCAGACGAGAGUGAGGAUGAAGAUGACGAUUAUCAGCAAAAGCGCAAAGGUGUUGAAGGACUCAUCGACAUCGAGAACCCCAACCGGGUGGCACAGACAACCAAAAAAGUCACACAGCUGGACCUGGAUGGCCCCAAGGAGCUUUCCAGGAGAGAACGGGAAGAAAUCGAGAAGCAGAAAGCAAAAGAGCGGUACAUGAAGAUGCAUCUAGCGGGGAAGACAGAGCAGGCCAAGGCUGACCUGGCCCGCCUGGCCAUCAUUCGCAAACAGCGCGAGGAGGCGGCCAGGAAGAAGGAGGAGGAGCGGAAAGCUAAGGACGACGCCACCCUGUCAGGAAAGCGGAUGCAGUCGCUGUCCCUCAACAAAUAGCCUGGUGUGUGGGAGGAGACCAGGGAGCCGGCGCUGCCAGGACUCUGUGCACCCACCCCACGCCUGACGCCACCGUGGCCACCCUCGCAGCCAGGAGCCCCACGGCCUAGGGGCCUGUUCAUCUUGGCACAGCAUGGUUUAAGGGGGGUGGUGGGGGUUGGGGGGAGGGGGCAGCUGCUAUCUUUGGGACAGAAAGAUGCAGGACAGCAUUUCAUAGGUAACCAUUUGGGUGUGUUGGCUGUUUUUAGAAUCAGAACCCAUGUGGGGUGGCUUGGGAGGUGGGGGGAAGAGCUUCUUUUGGGCCCUGGAGCAUGGAAGGGAGGGGGUGCUGGUGUGGGGGCGGCUGCUCGCUCACUUGCCGGCUGACCUUGGGCCCCUGGGGGUCAGGUCUCACCCCUGGCCGGUCCGUCCUCCCCUCUGCCCUUUCCUACUCCCCCUGCCCACCUGACCAGGGCAACCCCAUUUUUAACCCCACCCUCAAAUCAUUUCAAGAGCCCCGUUUACCGUGCAGCACCCGGGCAGAACCCACACCACAGACUCGACUUGUAUAUUUGGCAGAUUAAACUCAACAUUAUCAUAA